AUCCUCACUCAGAUUAUUAUGCCAAGAGCGUUGGAGGAAUCCAGUCCCCAAGAUUCCUCGUCCCCUUCCCCUUCCCCUCCGCCUCCGGCCGGCCACCACCAACACACCCCGACCAGUCCAUAUCCACCCUACUACUCAUACCACUAGUGAGUAGCGUAGCGGGGACGGUGGGAGCAAAGUUCUUCCCCUUUCCGGACGGACGGCCUGACGGAGCAACCAACCCAACCAGCCCAACCCAAAGAUUUGAUUUUUGAUUUUCGAUUCCAUCUCUCGCCACCAGAGAAAAGAGGGAGAGAGGGAUGGGGAUCCCGAGCCCGAGCGACGAGGUGGUCCAAAUCGUGCACGGGGACGGCGCGGGGGACCCCACGGUGGUCACCGUCAGCUGCCCGGACAAGACCGGCCUGGGCUGCGACCUCUGCCGCCUCGUCCUCCUCUUCGGCCUCAACGUCCACAAGGGCGACAUGAGCACUGACGGCCGCUGGUGCUACAUCGUGCUCUGGGUCGCCGCCUCGCGCCGGGGCCGGCCCCCCGUCGCAUGGGACCUCCUCAAGGAGCGCCUCGUCGACCUCUGCCCCGUCCCCGCGCCCUUCGGAGUCGACACCGCCUACCUCGCCGCCGCCGGCCUCCGGGGCGACGGCCUCGCGCUCCCCGCCGGGGAGCCCCAGGUGUUCCUCCUCAAGUUCUGCUGCUACGACCGGAUGGGCCUCCUCCACGACGUGACGUGUGUGCUGUGUGAGAUGGAGCUCACGAUUAGGAGGGUCAAGGUCUCCACCACCCCCGACGGCAGAGUCAUGGACCUUUUCUUCAUCACUGAUGCCAGGGAACUUCUACACACAAAGAGCAGAAGGGAAGAGGCCUAUGAAAAGCUGCAGAGCGUCUUGGGUGACUCGGUGACGAGUUGCGAAAUAGAAUCCGCGACGGAGGACAUGUCUUCUUGCCUCCAAGCUUCAGCAUUGUUGUCGCCUCUUGUCCUGGAGCAGAUGUUCAGCGAGGUAGAUGUCAUUGAGGAGCAGUCGAGCCGCUCGAGGUCCGACAGUAGACUGUCGGUCACAAUGGACAACUCCCUCAGCCCCGUGCACACCCUGAUUCAGAUCCAGUGCGGCGACCACAAGGGCCUCCUGUACGACAUCAUGAGAACAGUCAAAGACUGCAACAUCCAGAUUUCGUAUGGCCGGUUCUACGCGGGCCAGAAGGGCCGGUGCGAGGUGGACCUGUUCGCGGUGCAGUCGGACGGGAAAAAGAUACUCGACCAGCAGAAACAGAGGACGAUGUGCUCUCGGCUGAGGACGGAGCUGCUGCGGCCGCUCCGCGUGGCGCUGGUGAACCGGGGCCCCGACGCGGAGCUGCUGGUGGCAAACCCGGUGGAGGUGUCCGGGAAGGGUAGGCCGCUGGUGUUCUAUGACAUCACCCUCGCGCUCAAGAACCUCCAUAGACGAGUCUUCUUGGCCGAGAUCGGGAGGCAUGUGGUGGACGACAGGGAGUGGGAGGUGUACAGGGUGCACCUGGGCGAGGACGACCACGAGCUCUCGUGCUCGGUGCGGAGCAAGAUUGUCGAUGGCGUCACCAACAUGCUCAUGGGCUGGGACUGACUGACCGACUGGUCACACCAUGCAUCUUCCUUGACAUAUUCAGUCUUGUUGCAAAAGACAGGGACCGGCUUAAUUUGUUUGUUUUGUGUAAAAGUAGGUGUCAUCGACUCGUUGUACAUAGGGAGGGAUGUUGAUGGCUGCUGCUGCUUCUGUUGUAAAUUAAGUGGUUUCAGGUUGUUCCUAGUUAGUUCAUACUGCAUCAGUCUGAAAUACUUGCCUUGUGUUGUUGUUAGGCAAUGAAAUGAUGGUGCAUAGACCUGUGUUGUUGUAUCUCAAGUAUGUAGUGUAUCUUUGCCCAGCUCAGCUGGUGGACUAGUAUUAGCUAGCUAGUGAUUAGCACACUAGGGCAAAUUAAGGAAGUGAUUCUGACAA